CUUCUGCAUUUGAUACCAGUCUCAUUUAUAUACCAUUGCAGUUGCUUUACCGCCAAGGAGCUGCGCGGCCUUUGAAGAACUGCAAUUGAUUCUUCCGUCCCCUCUCCCCAGCCUUUUUGUGCGCAUUCAGCUGCCAAUCCUUACCAGCCAUUGCAAAACACCUGCUCAGCAGCAACAAGACCGACAGACAAAGAACAAUUGCGACUUCGAGGGCAUUUUUACCAUUUCGUGAGGACACUAGUGGCUCCUCCGCCGGGGAGAAGUUGUAUAGAUCUUCGAGCACGGUCUACGUAAGCAACGUGGGGACGCUGCAGGUGGAGUGGCGACAGGCUUGCUGCGGACACCUGAGUGACCCCUCCCGGGGCCCCUGGCUUCAAAGGCAGCCAUGAAGAAGGCGACGGAGGGGAAGCGCGUGACCAACGAUGUCACAGUACAGCUAUUUAACCAUACUAGCACCAGCAUCAGCGGCACGGCGGAAUCUCUGCGCAAGUCUUUGCAAGAGCUGGAGGCGGACCUGAAGAAGGACGAGGAGGGUCGGAAGGAGUAUGAGACAUACCUCAAACAGCUGGAAAUCCGCAAAGCAGACCUGCAGCGCAAGAUCAAGGAGAACAAGACCUGGCUAGAGGAGUUUGAGGCCAACCAGGGCGACGGGUCGUUCGAGCAGCAGUACAGGCGGUUGCUGGAGCAGAUUGAGACGAUAUACAGCGGGGCGAAGGAGUUCCAUGGGAAAGGCAUCGACCUGCUCAUUAAGGAGUUCGGCUACCACAUUGCUUUCAAGCGGUGGAAUGACACGUUCACGGCCAUUCCUUUUAAGCCCAAGUAAUGUGCUUUUCCUGGCCUAUAUGAUGUGAAGGAGGCUGGGGCUAAAUAUAUGGGUGUUCCGUGUCUUGGCGGCCUCAGUACGGGACAUCUAUGGACAGCACGGGGUGCAACGCCGUGGGCUCGAAACUGGCAGCUACAAAGUGCUGUGAAGGGGCAUGUGAAUUGCUGACGUAUUGCUUAGGUAGAGACGAAGGGAAAUGUGCUGAUCAAGCUACUGGGUUGAGUGGGCCAGGAGUGCACAUGAUGGCAGGGCGUGGACUUGAUGACUUGCCAACUUAGAGUAGGUUGAUCACGGCGCCACAGGACUGUGUUGCAUUUGUUUGUAGGGUUACCGCAAAGUCCAAAGCGCUAUGGCUCGGCUGCGACCUUUGUAGUGUGUUCGAAAGCACAAGGGUACCGUACUGCCACGCUCAAUUGGUGAUUUCAUAAUUGGUGACAGUAAGAAAUCGCGUUGGACAGGCUGACACAGACUUUGGUGAUGGGCUCUGGCAGAAGCCAGGCCGAAUUAAACCCGUGUCAUAGAA